GCUGUCGAACUUUGUGUUCGCUGAAACACUUGGGUUUGAAGUACCGCUACACCAGUGUGUAAUUCGUUCUAUCCUGAGAGGAAACAAUUCAUAACUUUAGGUAUUAGGAAAGGAUUAAAUUAUUUAAAGAAACACUAUGAAUUCAGUGAACUCGAAUUAAUUACUGUUUCAUUUAUAUUUACCUUUAUACGCUAACAUUUUUUCUCAAAAAUUAUUAUUUAUAAAUACAACAAGUAAGAAAUAGCAACCAACACUUCAUUCUUCAAACUUUUGAUAACACUUCAAACUUUGCCAAAAUGGUUCAUGAAAAGCAAGUGAUAGAGGAAGUAUCCGGCUGGCUUAGAGUUUUCGAAGACGGUUCAGUAGACCGGACUUGGACCGGUCCACUCGAAGUCAAAUUCAUGGCCGAGCCAGUCCCGCCACAUGACGACUUCAUCGACGGCGUUGCCGUCAAAGAUGUAGUCGCCGACGAAAAAUCCGGCAGCCGUCUCCGCAUCUACUUACCUGAACGAAACGACAAUUCCGUCAACAAGCUUCCCGUCAUUUUUCACUUCCACGGCGGCGGCUUUUGUAUCAGCCAAGCCGAUUGGUUCAUGUACUACACUGUCUACACGCGCCUAGUGCGCGUGGCCAACGCAAUCAUUGUCUCCGUCUUCAUCCCCCUCGCGCCGGAGCACCGCCUCCCCGCGGCCUGUGAUGCCGGUUUCGAUGCCCUCCUCUGGCUCAGGGACCUUUCCCGGAAGCAAGGACACGAGCCCUGGCUCAACGAUCACGCAGAUUUCAACCGAGUAUUCCUCAUCGGAGACAGCUCCGGCGGGAACAUAGUCCACCAAGUCGCCGUCAAAUCCGGCGAGGUAAACUUAUCUCCAAUGCGACUGGCCGGCGCACUUCCGAUCCAUCCAGGUUUCGUGCGGUCCUAUCGGAGCAAAUCGGAGCUAGAACAAGAGCAAACGCCGUUUUUAAAUUUAGAUAUGGUGGAUGAAUUUCUAGGGUUAGCUUUACCUGUAGGGAGCAAUAAGGAUCAUCCAAUAACAUGUCCGAUGGGAGAUGCGGCGCCGGCGGUGAAGGAGCUUAAUUUGCCGCCUUAUUUGUACUGUGUAGCGGAGAAAGAUCUGAUAAAGGACACUGAAAUGGAGUUUUACGAAGCUAUGAAAAAGGGAGAAAAGGACGUAGAGCUGUUUAUAAACAAUGGAGUGGGACAUAGCUUUUAUCUGAACAAAAUUGCUGUUAAAAUGGACCCUGUAACUGGUUCUGAAACUGAAAAGCUUUUAGAAUCAGGAAGCAUUAAAGGAGAAUAUUUGUCGAAUUGUUUUUUUUUUUCUUUUUGGUCAACUUUGUCGAUUUGUUUGGGAACCCGAACCUGGGGAGCUACCUACUCUGGAGUGCGCAUAGCAGGAGUCUAA